AUGAUUAUGGUCUUCAAUUCAAAGCCUAAAGCCACACAACCAUCAUCUGAAACUGAGGAACCACAACCUGAGGGGCCAAAUCCUUCUUCAGAGCAAAUGGACCAGCAACAUGAAAACGCAAGCCCUCCGCUGGAGAAAACUAACUCAAUGCAUAUGAUGCAAGAAAAAUCUACCAAAUCCUCUUAUUCAAAAAAGAGACCGAAGCAGCUCAAUUCUGUUGUUAGGCGAUCUUUACGCAUUCGAAACUGUAAUAUGCCUGUUCAAAACCCGAACAUUGAGCCCGUGAUUGAAAACAUUAGUGAUAGUGAGAAGGAAGAGGAGAUGGUGGAAGAGGAGCAACCUCUUUUGGAGGAACAACCAACCUUGGGUGAGAAAAGCAUGGAAGAAAAAAUUGAUUAUCUUAUACAAUUAGUGGAAACACAGAACUCAAAGGCAAAGAAGAGAAGCCCCGUCUUUUCUAAAUCUCCAGAGUUAGGAUACAAAAGCUUGUAUAUAAACUCCCAAAUGAAGAUUGAGGCUUUGAAAAAUGAAAACCAUGAGCUUUCUUUGAAGUUGGAAGUAGCUCUUGGCAAACUUGAAGGGUAUGAGAAAGGGACUUGUGCAUUUUCUGGAGUGAUGGAGAAAAUGAAAGAUGUGAUUUUGGUCUCAGCUUUAUCAAAAGCUACUGAAAGAGUUGUAAAUGUCUCAUCUCCCCAAAAAGCUCAAGAUCGCAAGUAUGCAGCUAAAAGAAAGAAACAGUCCUAA